GCUUUUACAAAUUCAAUUGCGCUUCAGAGUUCGUCCAAAGCGGUUGUGGGGCUCUCGCGAUUUUCGGUUGAAAACCCACCUAGUAGCCAACUAGCAGUGAAAACGCCAGCGAGAACCGUUAAAACAGAGCAUUCGGCCAAGUGCGCGAUCCACGAUAAGACAUACACACGGCCCCGCCACAAAACCAAAUAAAUCACAAACAACAAAAUCCCAGAACGAAAGCCAAGUGCAUAGAAAGUUUUUGUUGUUCUCAAGUGGAACAAAAAUAAAUAGAAAUAAAAAUAAAAAUAAAAUAAAAUACAAUAAAUUAAAGUGUUUAAAUUUGUGAAAGAUCUUUUUGAUUAAUUGGAAUGCAAAUAUCAGUGGAACUGUCAUUAAGCAUUCACAUCCCACAUCCACCGGAACAAUAACUAAGCAAAAGAUAACUGAAAAGUGAGCCAAAUAUUAUUAUUUGAAACAACAUUAUGUCGAUUGUGUGCACGCUGGAGCAAAAAGUGAACUUUUUCAAAGCGGCUGCAACGACCAAGAAUCUGUUGAUUCUGAAGGACAGCAACAAUUUGGAUACCCCCUACAAGCAGGAUACCACACCGAACAGCCACAAGGAGUCGCAAUUUGCACGCACACAGCAACAUAGCGCCCAACAGCAACACCAUUUGCAACAGAAACUAGCACAGUUGCAACACUACAGUCAGCACAAGCUGAGUGGCAGCAGCGGCGACUACUCGUACAGUCCACACCAGCAUCCCCUAGCUCUGGCAGCGGGUGGUGCCCACUUGACACCGCUGAGGGAGCCUGGAAAGCAGUACUACCAGGACGCAGCAAUGCCCGAAGUGCUCAACGGCACGCCCACCAAUAGCCACAACAAAGCCAUCUCCAGCUCGAUCUCCAUGAUGAACAACGUCCGUAUGACGAAUAUCUCGCCAACGCUGUCCAUGAACGGCAGCUCCAACGAGUCCACAAAUUUGCAUCCCCUGUCCAUGUACGGAGGAUCGAUCAGUCCACAGUCCAAUGACAGCGGCAUGUCCGACAGUCUGGGCAAGUUCUCCCAGGGCAAUGGCUACGGGGACAGCAUGAUGGGCAAGAACUCACAGAACGGCAAUGGGCCACAAUCGGCCAUGACGGCCGCCCAGAAGGAGCUCUUCUCACAGCGCAAGCAGCGGGAAUUUACGCCGGACAACAAGAAGGACGAGAGCUACUGGGACCGCAGGCGACGCAACAACGAGGCGGCCAAGCGGAGCCGGGAGAAGCGUCGCUACAACGAUAUGGUGCUCGAGCAGCGCGUCAUCGAGCUGACCAAGGAGAACCAUGUGCUGAAGGCCCAGCUGGAUGCCAUACGCGACAAGUUCAAUAUCUCCGGUGAGAAUCUGGUGAGCGUGGAGAAGAUCCUUGCCUCGCUGCCCACCAGCGAGCAAGUCCUGAGCAACACAAAGCGCGCUAAGAUGAGCGGCGGCGGCGGCGGCUCCUCGUCGCCCACCUGUGACGAUGACUCCUCACCCAGCGGACAUUCACACAGCGGCUACAAUGGACAAAGCGCUCCACUGACACCUCUCAUCUACGGUCCCAAUGGCACUGGACGACAGUCCUCUGUCGAGCCGCCCGUCAAGAGCGUCCAUCAUGUUCAGCAUGCGCCUCCAGCGCCGCCGCAGCCCUCCCACCUGCAGACGCUGGUCGUGCCCCAACCCCAACACCAGCCCCAGCAUCUCUACCAGCCACAGCAGCCGCAGCAGCAGCAGCAUCAGCAGCAACAGCAGGAGCCCACACCCAGUGCCGGCACCAGCUCGCCGCCCGUCGACUCGCACAACCGCCCGCCCACCAACACAAUGGCCAGCCUGCAGGUGCAGCUCCAGCAGGCACUCAAUCGCAAUGUGCGGCCCGAGGAUCUGGACAGCCUACGCAAGGCGGUGGCCGUCGGAGCCCUCUAUAAUGCAGCGGCUGUGGGAGCACAGGGUCCUGCCCCACCCGGUGCAUCGUUGUAUGUGCCCUCACCGGGUCCAUAUGUGGGCGCCAUCAACAAGGAGCAUCUGGAAGCCGCCGCGUGGAGCCACAGCGUGGAGGGAGCCGUCAGCAGCAGCGCCGUGGAUGCGGUCAGUAGCUCCUCCGUUGCCGUUUCAGCCGCAGCCAGCGUGCUGAACCUGUCGCGACGUGCCUGCUCUCCCAGCUACGAGCACAUGCUCUCCUCCACCACAUCCUCAACGUCCUCCCCCGCCUCUUCAGCCCUCUCGUCCGGCUCCUCGGGUGCCGGAUCCGGCGACGACGAGCAGGAGCUCGAGCCGCAUGUCCAUGGCACCCAUCUGGCACCACUGCAGCUGCAACGCAGCAGUCCGGCCCAUGGCGGUGGCAACAGCGAUGCCAACAACUGUCUGCCCCUCAAGCUGCGCCACAAAUCUCACUUGGGCGACAAGGAUGCGGCGGCCACCGCUCUGCUCUCCCUGCAACAUAUCAAGCAGGAGCCCAACUGCAGCCGAGCCUCGCCGCCGGCCUGGAACGAUGGCGGCGACAACUCCAGCGACGAGCGCGACUCGGGCAUCUCCAUCGCCAGUGCCGAGUGGACGGCGCAAUUCCAGCGCAAGCUCCUGACCCCCAAGGAGGGAUCCACCGCCGUUGUGUCCACAGUCGAACGUGAUCAAAUGCUGAAGUCGCAGCUGGAGCGCCUCGAGUCGGAGGUGGCCAGCAUCAAGAGCAUGAUGAUACUGGCAGAGUAGGAGGCAAAGGGAGCAGUAUCAGGAGCAGGAGAGGAGAAAGCAAGGCAGAGGAGAGAGAGCGAAGAGACAGAGACUCUGGUUGAAUCAGAGUCGAGGUUAAGUUUGCGGAGAGCGUAGAGUAGAGCGGAUACAAAGAGGAGAUAGAGAGAGAGAGGUUCCAUGGCGCCAGUUGUUCUCCUGACACACACAAACACACACAAACACACACACGACACACACAUACCGAAUCACACACAAUUUUUGAGUACGAUUAAAUAUAUAGUACCUCCAGGAUCUAUAACCAUGUAAGGAAUGUUUAAACCUGAGUCCAGGCAGAGAGUGUUAACUAUUAGCAGAGUUUAUAUCUAUCGAGAGAUGUUCGAUGUUCACGAGUAUCUCUAUCCGCUAUUUCGUGUCUCUAUAUAUAUCUGUUUCUGUAUCUGUAACUCUAAUUGUAUCUGUGUUUUUGUCCUGUAAUCGGUGUAUCCACAACGUAUCUAUUUAUGAAUAUGUAUUGUAUUGGUAUGUUUUCUGUGCGUUAAAACUAUAUAGAUCUCGUCUAAGUCGGAGCUAAACGAAGAAUCCCUAAGAUCAAUAUAACUUACUAAAAA